UUAUUUGAUUGAUGGAUAGUGUAAGAAUAAGUUCCACGUUAACAAUUUUUAUUCUUUGUCCAUAUUGUAUCCAAUUAUUAUAAAUGUUGAAGCAUCUCGAUAUGAUCCUUGAAUUCAGAUGAAUGGCUCAUUACGAUGUUGAAUCAUUAUUAUGGCAAGCAUUCUUUGCCGUGUCUAUGUUUUUGUCUACAUUCAUUUCAUAUCUUUUGCCUAUCAUAAUUUUUACCCGUCGUCGUAAUCGACAACAACAUUUGCCGAAUGAUUCGGUCAACAAUGAUUAUGAUCACGAUGAAUCCUACCAUUGGAGAAAUUCAAUAAUUUCUCAUCCAUCUAUAGAUUCGCGAAAUCAACUCCAUCAAAAACAUCGCUGGAAACGUUGGCUUUCCUAUUGUAAUUGCAUAUCUGCCGGCGUUUUUCUUGGUGUUUGUUUCUUAAGCUUAGUGCCCUGUGUAGAAAAUGAAUUUGAUAGUUUAAUCAAGGAUUUUCCAUCAAUGAAAAAUCUAUUUGGUUCAUUCUCGAUCGGUCAAUUUAGCGUGAUUUGUGGUUUAUUUUUGGUUUUGUUUCUUGAGAAUUUUCUUUCGAGCUGUUUUAAUGGUUCACAAACGCAAAGUGAAAGAUCGCCAGUUUUAUUUCUUGAAGAAGAAACGAUCGAUCACCGAUCGGAUGAUCACGAAGAAGAGUUGCUUCUUGAUUCUAAUGAUCGACCAUUGAAUGGCCUUGCAAGUAAUCAAUCACCUAAUCCAACAUCAUAUCGAAAUGAUACUCCAUCGAAUAAUGCCCGAGUACCGCAAGCUAGUCAUGAUUACAAUGGCCCAAAUGAUCAUAACCAUGGUCAUCAUCAUUUGAAUGUUGAUCAAUUGCAAAGUCGUAAAGAUUCGAUGUUUUCGUUUUUUAUCCUGAUGUUUGCAACAAGCGUUCAUUCAUUAUUUGAAGGCAUGGCGCUUGGUUUACAAACAAAUCUUAGGACAGCCAUUCAUCUUUUCAUUGGAAUCAUUUUACAUGAAUGCUUGGUUGCAUUGGCACUUGGCCUAAAUGCGGUUCGUCUUCAACAAGAUGCAAUUCAGAUGUCAACACACUUGAAAUUUGCCAUCGCAUUUUCACUCAAUAUACCACUAGGAAAUAUUUUAGGCGUUCUUAUUGGCUAUACUCCUGGCCACAUUGGACGUUUUGUUUCCGCAAUCUUUCAAGGUUUUGCGGCUGGAACCUUUAUUCAUGUUACCUUUUUUGAAUUGAUACCCGAAGAGUUUAUACAUAUCAGUGAUACUAAACACCAUAAACAUGAUGAUAAAAAUCACAAUCAUCAAUCGAAUAAUGAUGAAAACCAUUCAGAAAGGCCAAAUCUUGUUCCUGAUGAUUCAAUUUUACAAUCAACAAAUGAAGAACAAUUGAUCGAAAUUGAUCUUAAUCAUGAUCAUAACAAUCAUUUCAAUCAUAAUGAACCAUUAUCAUUGAAACUACGUAAAAUAUCUUUGCUAUUUGCUGGCUUUCUUCUCAUGGCUUUGAUUGCAUUCAGUUUUUCUGAAUCCUAAUAAUUAUUAUGUUAAUGAUUUUAUUUAUUUGAUAAAAAUAUUAAAUAUUAAUAUACGCACAUUAAAUUUAAAAUUCGAAUUUUUUUCGAAUUCAAUUUUUUGUUUGUUUAUAAUUCUAUUUUUUGGUGUUGUGAUUCGAAAUGGUCUUGUCUGCGAUAUUGUUU